UUUUUGUCACAGCGUAGUCUUAUCUGUUUAAGCUGUCAUGUGUGAAUGAUUCGUUCUGAUUUAUGGACGAAUACCUUAAGUAUACAGGAUGUAGUGGUAUUUUUACAAAUACAAAAACUACACAGAUUUAAAACACGGUGAUUUCUAUUUAUUUUUGUACUUUUAAGAAAAUAUUUGGACGAUUUUAAGGUCUAUAAAAACAUAAGAAUGACACUGGAUUAUAGUAAAAAGAAUUUGUGCUUCUUCACAUAUUUGUUUAUGCAAAGUACAAUAGUGACGUGUGCAGACAUUAGUUAUUUGAAUAACACAAUCAGGAAUUACUUCGCAGACACACGACAUCAUGAGCCGCAGUUUAAAGAUUACAAGGCCAUGUCAAAAGAAUUCAUCUUCAGUGAAUUUAAAAAAUUUGGCCUCGACACAGAGUAUCACUAUUUCAAUGAUUCAUCCUUUGGAGAUACAAUAUUCACCAACGUAAUAGGUGUUCUAAAAGGCGCUAAUUUUGGAAAGGAUAGUGACAAAGUAGUUGGACUUCUUGCGCAUUAUGACACUGUGUCGACUACAAAAGGGGUAGAUGACAACGGAGCUGGCGUAGCAGCAAUUCUGGAAGUUGCUAGACAAUUGCAUCAGCAGAAAUCAAAACGGGAACAUACAGUGAUAUUUAUCUCCCCAGAUUUAGAAGAAUAUCUUUUAAAGGGCAGCUACAAUUUCAUUAAAGACUGGUUACCAACGUGGUCGAAUAAACAUUAUGGGGCGCCCUAUGCUCUGUUAAACACAACACAGGGAUGCAUUGUCUUAGAUACAAUGAUGGAGUAUAACAACUCUGAUAACUCGCAACUUAUACCACAAGAGGCUGUUGCCGCGUUCCAGCAAUAUUUUCCCGGUACAAUGCAAAGUGUAGCAUCGGAUGGCUUCGAGGGAGAUUUCUUGACCUUAAUAUAUCGUAAAACUCCAGAUUCCGCUCUUGCUGAAAAUUUCAAACAGUCGUGGGAGGCACAAGGACGGCAGGAAUUCGAAAUUGAAUCGUUUGCGCUACCAGUUGAAGAGGGAUUACCAUCUGGAAUAAAACUCAAACUCUUUGGACAUUUCCUGAGAAGUGAUCACACUAAUUUUUGGAGAGCCAAUAUUCCUGCGAUAUUCAUUACUGAUUCAGCUGACUUCCGCGGGGAUAUGAUACAUUGUUAUCAUAAUCACUGUGAUAACAUAGAAGUGAUGUUAACAGACGACAAUUUACGAUUUCUCGCAAAAACAGCGGAUUCUUUGGCAAGAACAGUCAAUGAUCUGGCAAAAGUCUUAGAGACAAGUGGCAAGGGAUCGAGUAGCCCAUGCAUAGUAACUACUGCUGUAUCUAUCAUAAUUUUUGUAAUAUUCCUCCAGUUGUAAUAUGGAACAUGGAUAACGUACAAGACAGUUUUGUUUCGAAAGUUGUUUUCUGUUGUUUUUUUUAAAUGUGUAAAAAACCUUUAAGAUUGUUCAUUGGCUUCUUAGAAUUCAACGAUUUAAAGCAACACGUAAAAUAACCGCACUCGUUAGUAUGUUGCGCUUGAUGCGCAUGCUAUUCAGCUCAUCUGUUUGCUUAAAUCAAAUUUUAAAAGUACCUCCAGUGAAAAUACAACAUGUAUCAUUCAUAAAUUCAACACAAAUAAGACUUAGUGUAGAUUACUAGUAUCAUUUGUUAAACAUUCCAACAAAUCCAUAGCUUGACAAUGUUUACCAAAUUCUGAUUAGCCACUGCGAUAAAUUUGUGUUACAAUCAUAAAAUUCCUUUCCCUGUUUUUAUUUUACGUUAAUACGACCACUAAACGACAUGAAGUUCUUUCGAAAAAGAUUUCUCUCCGAAAAAGUAAUUUUCAGUAAAUUAGAUAUUAAAAUAAACUGGAUAGAGGAGUGGCUUAAAUAAGUAUAUCAAUUGAAUACGUAAAUAUUCUAAGGACAGGUCUUUUGAACAUAAGCUGUGUCAAAAAGCCGCUGUUUUAUGGAAAAUGAUUUUUUUAAGAAGAAAAAAAAGAGCAAACCCAUUUUGCAUAAUAAGUAUGUUCACAAGAAAUUUUGGAAACAUUUGCACAACAUAUUAAUUCAUAUAAGGUCAGUACAGAAAAAAUGGGAGGUAAAUCGAAGUGUUUAUCGUACCAAUAAUUGGAAUUUUAUCUGGAACAACUUAUAUACCUAAUGCACUAAAUUAAAUCAAACUGUCUUUGCACAACGUGAAAUUGAUACAUCUAUAUUGUAACUGUAAAAAGGUUGGUCCUGUUUUGGAGAAAUAUUUAGAAAUUGGUACUGGAGAUCUAGACAUACCAAAAAGGGCACGAGUAUAUAAUCAAUUGGGAUUUACAUAUAAAGAUUCAAAUCUACUUGAUACAAUUAUUUUUCUAAACAAAAUUGCAUAUGUGGAAGUAUGGUAAUGAAGUUAAAUUUCGAAACAGUGUUUUCCAAUAAAACCGUUCGGGGAGGACUCGUAAAAAAACCUGUAGAUUUGUAUUGAAAUAAUGAAGUGCAUAAAGGGAAACAACUCGAAGAUGAUAUUGAUCCUUUGUGUUGACAGAAAUAUCUUGCAGACUUCUAAGCUAAAACGUGUAUAAUGAUAAGAUGUUUCAAAGUUAAUCGUUUCGCUUUCACUAAAUCGACAGGCCAGGGGAUGAUUUCAAAUAGUCGUGUGGGAGUUGUUAAUCUCUAAUGUGCGUUAUUGAUUAUUAUGUUCUGAAACAUUUAGAUACGAGUUUGUUUAAAGAUAACAUGUCUAGAUCUGAUUUGAUUUGUAUGCUUCACACGUAAAAUGAAUAUUUAUGCAUGUCCAUUUUUAACUGUUGAAAUGUUAUAAUAGUUUUAUUGAAAAUAAACAAAGAACAAAAAAAAAC